ACGCACGUCUCUCUCUCUCUCUCUCUCUCUCUCUCAGCUGUUUUGCAGUCUUUUCGUCUUGGAAAAAGGCAUGUCCCGAUAUGUUUCCGUUAAAUCGUUCUAGGUUAAUCACUCCCUACAAGACUGGCAACAAACAAGACUUACCAUAUUAAUAAGGAUAUUGUUUUUAUCUUUGUUUAAUUACGCACAUGAAUGGAUCUGUACGGUAAGAUGGCUACCACACAGGACGCAAAGUUCGGCCAGAAGGAAAACUCGGACCAGAACUUCGACUACAUGUUCAAGCUGCUGAUCAUCGGGAACAGCAGCGUGGGGAAGACCUCCUUCCUGUUUCGCUACGCCGACGACUGCUUCACCUCCGCCUUCGUCAGCACCGUGGGCAUCGACUUCAAGGUCAAGACCGUCUACAAGAAUGACAAGAGGAUCAAGCUGCAGAUCUGGGACACAGCAGGACAGGAGCGGUACCGGACCAUCACCACAGCCUACUACAGAGGAGCCAUGGGCUUCAUCCUGAUGUAUGACAUCACCAACGAGGAGUCUUUCAAUGCUGUGCAGGACUGGUCGACCCAGAUCAAGACGUACUCCUGGGACAACGCGCAGGUGGUUCUGGCGGGGAACAAGUGCGACAUGGAGGAGGAGAGGGUGGUCCCCGCCGCCAGCGGCAGGAUGCUGGCCGAGCAGCUGGGGUUCCAGUUCUUGGAGACGAGCGCCAAGGAGAACGUGAACGUGGCGCAGACGUUCGAGCGGCUGGUGGACAUCAUCUGCGUCCAGACCGCGGAGAACCCGGAGGCCGACCCCGCCGUCGCCACGGCGACGCCCAGCGCCAAGCUCACGGACACCCCCCCGCUCCUACAGCCGCCCGGCUGCGGCUGUUAAUGCCCCCUGCCCACACAAAAUGGCCGCCGCCCCGGCGUGCUGUUGCCAUGGCACCUUAUGUCUAGUCUUAUGAAUGUGCCACGCCCACCUGCAUACUUCCCUAAGUCCACAGUACCAGAGGAUGUGCACGUGUACCCCAGAAUUUUUCGUGGAUGUAUAUAUUUUCAUUUUAAAAAUGCACCGUUAAGUAUUAAAACUCAACAGAAAACAGUGGCGGACCUAUGAGCGUGUGAAGUAUGGGGUCAUUUCCUUACUGCUGUGUGCCAGAACGUGAUCUGUGAAUGAUCUAUCAAACUGUGAAUGAUCCUAUGAAACUAUGAAAAUCAUUGGUGAGUUUGUGAAUUAAAGAAGUUUAUGUAAAUGA